AUGCAACUUUUUACUAGCUGUUGUGGAAAAGGAUUUGAAGGGAAAAAGAAAGUGGAAACAGAGCCAUUUCGGAAGAUAUUCUCAUUGAAGGAGCUUCACUCAGCCACAAACAGUUUCAACUACGACAACAAACUCGGUGAAGGUCGCUUCGGCAGUGUCUAUUGGGGUCAGCUCUCUGAUGGUUCACAAGUUGCAGUCAAGAGACUCAAGGCAUGGAGCAACAAAGAAGAGAUAGACUUCGCUGUUGAAAUCGAGAUUCUUUCCCGUAUCCGUCACAAGAACUUGCUGAGUGUUCGUGGCUACUGUGCUGAAGGACAAGAACGUCUUCUUGUAUAUGACUACAUGUCUAACUUGAGCCUUUUCUCUAAUCUUCAUGGCCAGCAGUAUUCAGGAGAGUGCUCUCUAGAUUCCACCACUCGGAAAAAUAUUGCCAUAAGAUCUGCUCAGGCCCUUGCCUACCUACAUUAUCAUGCAACACCGCGUAUAGUCCAUGGAGAUGUCAGAGCUAGCAACGUGUUGCUAGACUCUGAGUUUGAACCUCGGGUUAUGGACUUUGGAUAUGGUAGACUGAUGCUAGAUGCUGGCGAUGACGAAGCUGCGAAAGCCAGAAGUAACAAUGGGUAUCUCUCACCAGAAUGUGUUGCAUCAGGUAAAGAAUCAGAAGCUGGAGAUGUGUAUAGUUUUGGUAUCUUAUUGCUGGUGUUGGUUAGUGGUAAGAGACCUAUUGAGAGGCUAAACGCAACAACAAAGCGUGGGAUAACCGAGUGGGUGUUACCACUUGUUUACGAGAGAAAGUUUCGUGAGAUUGUGGAUCAGAAGCUGAAAGAAGAGAAAGUGGAAGAGAAGCUGAAGAAGCUAGUCUUGGUUGGUGUAAUGUGUGUUCAGACAGAGGUGGAGAAGAGACCAACAAUGUCUCAAGUGGUGGAGAUGCUAAUGAUUGAAUCAAAGGAGAAACUGUCUGAACUUGAGGCCAAUCCUCUCUUCAAGAAUCCAUAUAGACAGGAGGAAGUUGCAGAUGUGAUCUCAGAAGAACAACAAUAGAGAUUUUUAGGGACAUAACAUUUAUUUUUACCAUCUUCUGUUCAUAUUGGUUUAGUUUCUGAGGUGUUGCUUAUUCUUUUUGUGUGUGUGUUUCUUCGUUUGUAACAUUGGUUUUGAUUUGAUUGGAGUUUGUAAGGUGUGACAUUGACAUAUAAAGAGAAAAGUUGUGAGAUAC